UUUUUCUCUCUGAUCUUACUUUGUUUGAGCUCUAAACGUUUCCGUUUCUUCUUCCUUGUGACCAAACUUCAGUGUCAAGCGUGAAUUGCAGCCAUGGCAUCGCAUUUGUGAACCAAAGAGUUCAGUUGAAAACACGGGAAAAAAUAGUAGCCUUCAAAACUUAGAGCUAUGGCGACUGCAACUAUGGAGAAUCAAGACAACUUCCGCGCUUCUGAAAAUGGCGGUGAUCGGCAGAACAAAAAACUUGUCGAUAACAACAAGGGUGGCAUUAAGACAAUGCCCUUCAUCAUAAGUAGUUAUGAGAUAUGCGAGAAACUGGCAAUGGUGGGGUUCAGUAAAAACAUGGUUAACUACUUGACAAACCAGCUUCACAUGCCAUUAACGAAAGCAGCCAACACUGUCACUAAUUUCAAUGGCACCUCGAGCUUGACGCCGUUGCUUGGUGCUUUCAUUGCUGAUUCAUAUGCAGGGAAAUUUUGGACCAUCAUUGUCGCAACAGCCAUCUACCUAAUGGGAAUGAUAGUCCUAACACUCUCAGCAGCAUUGCCACAGCUACGGCCACCGCCGUGUGACGGAAACCAAGUUUGCCAAGAAGCAAACGGUACUCAAACAGCUAUUCUCUACCUGGCUCUUCUUCUGGCAGCCUUGGGAUCCGGCGGAAUCCGGCCAUGCGUGGCGGCGUUUGGGGCCGAGCAAUUCGUGGAGGACGAUCCUAGGCAUCCUAAGAAAACUUGGGUCUUCUUUAAUUGGUAUUACUUCGCACUAGGAGCUGCAAUAUUGAUAGCAUCAACGGUGCUUGUGUAUAUCCAAGACCAUGUAGGGUGGACCUUAGGCCUCGGAAUUCCUACCAUAGCCAUGGCUUUGUCCAUCGUCGUGUUCCUUAUCGGUUACCCACUUUACCGGAAUCUUGACCCUGCCGGAAGUCCUUACACUCGUGUCUUACAAGUCUGUGUUGCUGCUUUUAGGAAGAGAAAGAUUCCCUUGAUUUCUAAUCCCAAGUUUUUGUAUGUCAAUGAGGUGCUUGAUGCCCCUAUUUCCACUGAUGGACUGCUUCGUCAUACAAAACGAUUCAAAUUUCUGGAUAAGGCUGCCAUUGUGACUGAAGAAGAUGGUGUGAAAUCAUCAGAAAAACCCAAUUUUUGGAGACUCAACACUGUCCAUAGAGUUGAAGAACUGAAAUGUAUAGUGAGAAUGCUACCGAUUUGGGCAGCUGGUAUUCUGUUCGCCACAUCCAAUGCUCAACAGAACACGUUCUCAUUGCAACAAGCCAACACAAUGAACAAACACCUGACCAAGUCUUUCGAGAUCCCCUCCGCGUCCAUGUCGGUCUUCUCCAUGUUGUCGAUGCUCAUCAUGAUAGUCUUAUACGACCGCCUACUGGUUCAUGUCGCCCGCAGGUUCACGGGGCUCGAUCGAGGCAUAACCUUUUUGCAGCGGAUGGCCAUAGGCUUUUUCAUCUCAAUACUAGCAACUCUGGUGGCCGGAUUCGUGGAAGUGAAGCGGAAACACGCAGCCUCGGCCGAUGGACUAAUCGACGACCCCAAAUCAACAAUUCCCAUCUCCGUAUUUUGGCUCGUGCCGCAGUAUAGCAUUCACGGAAUUGCCGAGGCUUUCAUGGUUAUCGGCCACCUUGAGUUUUUCUACAACCAAGCUCCGGAGAGCAUGAGGAGCACAGCUGCAGCUUUGUUCUGGACAUCAAUUUCAGCUGGGGACUACACAAGCACAAUUUUGGUCACAUUAGUCCACAAGUAUACCGAUUGGCUUCCCAACAAGAACUUGAACGAGGGGAAGUUGGAGUAUUUUUAUUGGUUGCUCACAGUUUUGCAAGCUCUAAACUUUGUGUACUACCUGAUAUGCGCAAAAUUUUACACUUUCAAGGUUCUGCAGAGCCAAAAAGUAGAACAUGAUGAAGGGGUUGAACUCAGUGGCCAGGUUUAACAGUGCCCUUUGCCUUAGCAUGAGAAAGUGACAGUCUUGUGUACAUAUGCCUCUCCUGCUCUCCUAAUUAGCUUGUACAAGAAAAUGGAAUUAGACACCAAUAAAAAGCAGUUUAUUUGCACA